GCUCAACCCGUGUCUAGAACUCACCAGAGCCCAGGGGAUCAAUUCAAAACGAUAUUACAACCCGGGCCCGGAUCCAAUAGUCCUAAGAGCACGUGUUAAUGUCCGCGCAGAAUGGAAAACGACAGGCAUAUGGAGGCCUCAGUUCGAAUGCCUGAUGAAGGGUGGUAUCAGAGAUGUAGGAAGCUGGGCGCACGAGGUCCAACAAGCAUCGCCUGGCGACGCGCUUGAGGAAGGGGCCACACCACCACGUACGGACGCUCAGGUCACAAGAUGGCGACGUAAAAAAAUUGAGGGAAUGAAGAAUAGCAGCAGGAACAGCAGGCCGAUCAACAUGUUUCGCUGUCAGCUAUCCAAAGCGCGAAAGGUUUUGGUGGAUGGCUUGGAUACGGAGUCGAGUGGGAGCAGUGCACAACGUUCUCUUAAUGUCAGCUUGCAAGCUUAUUGGCUUGCAAGAAACGACUGGGAGAGGAGGGGUAUCUGGUUCGAGGCUUGGGGAGGGCUACCAGGCAAUACAUGGGCACAUGAAAUUCCAAUUGAGGACUGGUAUAAGGAUAACGGCCAUGUUGUCCAAACAGUUCCGAGAGUUCGACGGGCUAAUCGGAGAAAAGUGGAGAUUGGUGCAAUGGGACGUUACCGCAGAAGGGCAAAGAAGUCCAGGUGUCGAGUGCAGUGGGCCGAGUACUUUGACGGCCUCAGCGUAGAAGUCUUGGGAAGGAAGACGACAUUGGGACGAAACAAUCGGCAGAUCAUCGUUCUAGAUGGAAAUUCCAAAUAUUAGAGGUACAUCAGCAAGACAAGUCAACGUUCAAACCCGCCAGAGAAGGGAGGCUGCAGCAUGAGUCGACAGCGCAAAUAUCAGAGCUCCUAGAGUCAGAUUGCGC